CCAUGUUCCAAGACAUCUUAUUAUGUGUUUUGUGAAGAUUUCGAUAUUUUGUUGGUUAUGUUUUUAUUUUUCUUUUUUGGAUUGAUCGCUUGAUUUAAUAUACGCAAUGUCUACUACAUUGGAUAUAAGAUUGAAAAGAGCAGAUAAAAUAUACCACGAAAAUGAAAAUGUCUCCGGUGUUAUAAUUAUUUCAUCAAACUCUGACUUCAAACAUGAAGGAAUUACAUUGACUAUGGAAGGCUCUGUAAACUUGCAGAUUAGUUCCAAAACUGUAGGGAUAAUAGAAGCGUUCUAUAACUCGGUCAAGCCUAUACAGUUGGUCUCGGUUUCAUGUGAGGUGAGUGGUCCUGGACGCUUGCCCUCAGGAGUUACACAAAUCCCAUUUGAGAUACCUUUGAGAGCUAAACCCAAUCGUGUCCUGUACGAAACCUAUCAUGGAGUUUAUGUAAACAUCAACUAUGGUAUAAGAUGUGAUAUCAAAAGGUCAUUCCUAUCAAAAGAUUUACAAAAGAUGCAGCAGUUUCUAGUGCAAUAUAAGCCUGGAUUCAAUGCCACACCACAACUGCCUCUGAGAGAAAAUAGAAAGCCUGUUUCUUUUGAGAUAAGUCCAAGUACCUUGUCAACUGGAGCAUCAGGUGCUCCUGAUUUCCUACUUAGAGGUCAUUUAGACACUGUUUGUUGUAACAUCACAAAGCCUUUAAAAGGCAAAGUAAUAUUUUUGAAAUGUGCUGUACCGAUCAGGUCAUUAGAAUUGCAACUUGCACGAGUGGAAACUUGUGGAUGUGCUGAGGGAUAUGCUAGGGAAGCCACAGAGAUUCAGAAUAUACAAAUUGGUGAUGGUGAUGUACCCUUAAACAUUCCUAUUCCCAUAUAUAUGGUAUUUCCAAGACUUUUUACAUGUCCUACAUUGAUAACAACCAAUUUCAAAAUAGAGUUUGAAAUAAACAUUGUGAUUAUAUUUCAAGAUGACCACUUGAUAACAAAUAAUUUUCCAAUUGUUCUAGUGAGAGAAUAAAAAAAAGUAGAUGUUCUUUACAUGUAUGUUUAAUUGUGUAGAAAUAAAGAAGAAUUUUUUACAA